AUAGGAAGAAGGAUAAAGUCUACUAGGAAAUCCUGUCCCUGAACUGUGAAAGUGUGAACCGUGGCAUAUAUAAAGAAAGAAGCAAAGAGUAUAAAUAACUCAUUUUGAAUUUAGAUUCAUUUUGUUUUUUCAAAUCAGGGACUACUACAAACGAUGCUGAACCCAAAUCUCAAAACCGACCCUUCCUCCAUUUACCACCUUCUCAAAUCCUACGCACUUUCCUCCACAAACAUCCUUAAAGCCCACCACCUCUUCCAGCAAAUCCACCGUCCCACGUUAUCGUUUUGGAACCUUAUGAUUCGUGGCUGGUCCCAGAGUGACCAACCCAUCGAAACAAUUCGCUACUACAACCUCAUGUAUCGCCAGGGCCUUUUUGGUGACAAUUUUACAUACCCUUUUCUCUUCAAGGCCUGUGCUCGAGUUUCCAAUGUUUCUUGUGGUAGAACGCUUCAUGCCCGUGUUUUUAAACUUGGGUUUGAGCCCGUUCUCUUUGUUUCCAAUGCCUUGAUUAACAUGUAUGCGUCUUGUGCUCAUUUGGGUUUCGCUCAGCAGGUGUUUGAUGAAAUGCCUGAGAGGGAUUUGGUUUCUUGGAAUUCGUUGAUUUGUGGGUAUGGUCAGUGCAAGAGGUAUAAGGAGGUGUUGGGUGUUUUCGAAGCAAUGCAGGUGGCCAAUGUGAAGGGUGAUGCGGUGACGAUGGUGAAGGUUGUUAUGGCAUGCUCUUUUUUAUGUGAGUGGGGUGUUGCUGAUGCUAUGGUUAACUACAUUAAGGAAAACAAAGUGGAGAUUGAUGUGUACUUGGGAAAUACGCUGAUGGAUAUGUAUGGACAGCGCGGUUUGGUUCAUCUGGCUCGUGGAGUUUUUGAUCGGAUGGAAAACAGAAACUUGGUUUCUUGGAAUUCCAUGAUUAUGGGUUAUGGGAAAGUAGGAAACUCAGCUGCUGCUCGGGAGCUGUUUGAUGCUAUGCCACAGAGAGAUGUGAUCUCUUGGACUUCUUUGAUCACGAGUUACUCUCAAGCAAGCCAAUUUAACAAGGCAGUGGGGCUUUUCAAGGAAAUGAUGGAAGCUAAGGUGAAGCCAGAUGAAAUAACAGUUGCUACUGUGCUUUCUGCGUGUGCUCAUAUUGGUUCACUUGAUGUUGGGGAGGCAGUUCAUGAUCUUAUACGGAAAUAUGAUGUGAAAGCUGAUGUUUAUGUUGAUAAUGCCUUGAUAGAUAUGUAUUGCAAAUGUGGUGUGGUUGAAAAAGCAUUGGAGGUGUUUAAAGAGAUGAGAAAGAAGGACACCGUGUCGUGGACUUCGAUGAUUGUGGGCUUUGCUGUGAAUGGUUUUGCAGAUUCUGCACUUCAUUUCUUUUCACAAAUGUUGAAGGAAGGUGUUCAACCAUCUCAUGGAGCCUUUGUUGGAGUUUUGCUAGCCUGUGCUCAUGCUGGAUUGGUUAAUAAAGGAUUGGAAUAUUUUGGAAGUAUGGAGAAGGUUUACGGACUGACACCAGAAAUGAAACAUUAUGGAUGUAUUGUGGAUCUUUUGAGUCGCUCUGGCAAUUUACAAAGGGCAUAUGAGUUCAUAAAAGAGAUGCCUGUGGCUCCAGAUGUUAUAAUAUGGAGGAUAUUGCUAAGUGCUUCUCAGGUUCAUGGAAAUAUACCCUUGGCUGAGAUUGCCACAAACAAGCUUCUUGAACUGGAUCCUUCUAAUAGUAGUAACUAUGUACUUUCCUCUAAUACUUAUGCCGGGUCCAAUAGAUGGGAAGAUGUUAUGAAAAUGAGAGGAAUGAUGGAGAAGAGUAAUGUACAUAAACUAUCCGGAAGCAGUUCCAUAGAAAUAAAUGGUUCAAACACUUCUCAGGAUUCUGGUUUUAUUAAACUUCAAAACAAGCGUAGAUUGACUGUUACAAUCUAGAAAAACAAUGUUUAUUAUUUUAUAAAUUGAUUUCAUUUGUGGGACAGCAUGGUCCAUGGACAGGAAAUAAACCAAGGACCUGAAAAUUUUUAACCUGACCCCUGAUGACAUCAUCAACUUCGAUUUGUCACACAAGUGAUUUGUUUCUAGUAGAUAUCUGUUGCCAUUUUGCCAUGAAGCAAUAUUUCGACGGAGAACUGGUAGUAUAAAUUACAGAUUGAAUUGCUAAAUGGGCAUAGGGCAGAGUUAUAAUGUUGCCCAAAUUGCCUUUUAAGUACUUUCCUUUAUGCAACGGGCUUGUGGCUGGACUAAAGUGCAAAACAUGCCUGAUCAACUCACUGAAAUCAUUGGUGGCUACUACAAACUCAUCUAUGCAACUAUCUGCAUAACUCUCUGAAGCUGCAGCAAAAGUUGGCUGACCAGCUCACAAAGUUGGACCAUAUAGCAUACGGAGAUGAUGAUGCUAAAGGAUCAACACCAUCAAAUGCAGGAAGAAAAGCUCACUCUGAAAGUUCUCUCAAGGCAAAUUGUUUUAGAGCGCGGGGUUUUAUUCAAGAUGAAGAGCUGAGGAGUGUUUCACGAUAUCAAUGGGUGCAUUUUAAUCAGAAAGGAAUUAUGUGAUCACCUAAAGCUUUUAGAUACUUGUUUAUUUUUCUUUUUUAACACGGUUUAGGUUCUAUGUUGAUAACUUGGUUUGCAUAAUUAGUUAUACGUGAUACCAUGCUAUCAUAUUUAUGUUUCUUUUUUCUUCUCUUACAGGCAAAUGUUUAUCAUGCAACUAAAUCUAAUGGUCAACAAGUUCCAAUUAAAAUAUUCAAGAUAUUUGUUCUGG